AUGGAGACAUUUGUAAAUCCUACCGGUGAUGAUGUCGACGAAUGUGAAAAAAGAUCGCACAAAUGUGACAAAAAUGCAAAAUGCACCAACACUCCAGGCUCAUUCAACUGUCAGUGUCAACCUGGUUACACAGGAGAAGGACGGAUAUGCGAAGAUGUCGACGAAUGUGAAAAAGGAACGCACAAAUGUGACAAAAAUGCAAAAUGCUUCAACACUCCAGGCUCAUUCAACUGCCAGUGUCAACCUGGUCACACAGGAGAAGGACGGAUAUGCGAAGAUGUCGACGAAUGUGAAAAAGGAACGCACAAAUGUGACAAAAAUGCAAAAUGCUUCAACACUCCAGGUUCAUUCAACUGCCAGUGUCAACCUGGUUACACAGGAGAAGGACGAAAAUGCGAAGACAUCGACGAAUGUGAAAAAGGAACUCACAAAUGUGACAAAAAUGCAAAAUGCACCAACACUCCAGGCUCAUUCAACUGCCAGUGUCAACCUGGUCACACAGGAGAAGGACGGAUAUGCGAAGGUUAUAUACUUGCUCCAGGGAUUGAAAUCCUUCCAUCUCAGAAAGAGUUGCUAUCUUUACAUGGAAAUGCUAAAGCAUACACAUAUGCUUUUGAUGGAUAUGACUUGGUCAAGGGAUGUGUUGGCCACACAUUCACUUACUGGAAAGGUUUCAAAUGCUGACAAAACUAAGCAUCCAAAGCCAUCACUGGAACCUGCAAAAGUUGCUGCAU